CAAGAUCGCCCCUGAAAAGUCAUCUUCUCAUAAACACGUGGGUUUAUUGAAAAUGCCGGUUGACACCAAACGUAUCCGUGGACCAGAGGAAUCGCAAUCCCCGCUGCUCUUUCUUUCUCCAAACAAAAUCCCCGAAGCAGGCAGCAGGCAGGGCUCCCGAGGGAAUGGCGAUGUCCGGCCAGUGUUUGUGCGCUGUGGGCUCAUCAGUCAGGCGAAGGGCUCAGCUUACCUCGAGGCUGGCAACACUAAGAUCAUAUGUUCGGUGUACGGCCCACGAGAAAUUGAACGCAAAGACGAAACAGACAUGAAAACCGGUCGCCUUAUUUGCGACUUCAGGCUUGCGCCGUUUUCCUGCAUUAAACGGGGCGCCUGGAUUCAGGGCAGCGAGGAGAGAGACCUGUCCGCCACUCUGCUCGAGAGCUUACAGCCAGGUGUCUGUCUGCACAGAUACCCACGCUCUCAGAUCGAAGUUAACAUCAUGGUUUUGGAGAAUGACGGCUCGAUUCUCGCACAUUCAGUCACAUGCGCCUCUAUGGCGCUGGCGGAUGCUGGUAUUGAAAUGUACGAUGUGGUGUUGGGUAGUGCGCUACGGCAGAAUGGAGACUGUUGUCUCGUUGACCCAUCAUACACAGAAGAGUGUGGGAACUGGCAGGAGGGAUACGGGGAGAAUCAGGGAUGUGUCACCGUGGCUCUUCUUCCAAAUCUGAAUCAAGUGUCUGGUCUGAAUGCGGACGGAGAGAUGCGGGGAGACACACUUGCAGGUGCUGUGAGAACAUGCAUGGACGGUUGCCACAAACUCUACCCGGUAGUACAGCAAGCUCUGAUACGAGCUGUGAAGAGAAAAGCUCCACCACCUGAGAAAUAGACUAUGCUUGUCAUGGCUCGUUUUUUGUACUAUUUCUGUUUCAUUUGUUUGUGUAAAC